UGUACAUUGCUAUCCUAUUUUGUGCAGGAAAUUAUUGCAAAUAAAAAAGCCUGACAAAGCCUUACAUGUUAAACACUUUGCUUGUAUUUCAAUAACUUGCUGUAUAAACCAAACCACAUAAUAACUGAAAUCAGCUUCUGAGACGAGAAAACAUUCAAUUUGAACAAAUGUAUCUUGCAUCCAUUGAUUCCACCAUGUUUUCUUACUGACACGCCCCAACUCAGAAACUCCGAGCUCAAAGAAAAUCCCGAGUUUCCCACUCGUAAUUACGACUUUGUGGUGGUGUUCAUGUGUGUUCAACUCGUAAAUACGAUCUUUCCGACAUGACUUGAACGCACCGUUUCUGACGAAGCUAAACUGAAAGUAAAAGUAUGAGAUGUCCAGGAUCUGUGUGGCAAAUGUAAACUCUAUUUAAACCACACAUUUUAGGUGACUGUAGGCUACCUAAAUUUUACGUUUCGUGUUUAUGUAAUUUUCAUAACUGAAACAAUGCGACGGAGAGGGCAUACAGGAGCACAAGGUGAAACCGAAUCAACUCAAGAUAAUGAAGCCAAUUUCUGUGAAUCAUCUUUAUGUGAUGUGAGACUUUCAACAGAUCCCAAGCAGCAGUGCAGAUUUAUACUGAUUGGAGGUGAUGAAGCUGCAAAGAAUGAUGCAUGUCGCUUCAUACUUAGGACUGCACAGACCCAGCCGUUCCAAAGGGCUUAUAAUCAAAGCUGUUACAUGAAGGAGAAAUGUGUUCGAGGAAGACAUGUCUGUGUGGUAAAAAGUCUGUCUUAUUGGUUGGAACACUUGGCAUCAUGCUGGUUUAUUUCAACUGGAGUCAAAACAAUCCAGAAAGAAAUGGAGCACUGUAUAUCGCUGGUGUUCCCUGGGCCUCAUGCCUUUCUUUUGGUGAUCAGAGAUGGGUCUGACACUCGAACAGAGCAUUACCUUUUACAGGCAAUCAGUUCAGUAUUUGGCGUUGAGGCUGUAGACUACAGUAUAGUGCUGUAUGUUAAAGGGUCUGGGGAAUGUGUUUUAGAGAAUAGCACAAACCCAUCUGUUUCAAUGUGUGAAGGUCGGUAUCACCUCUUAGAGAAUACUGAUGAGAGUGUUCAAAAACUAUUCAUGAAAGUUGAGAACGUGGUAAAUAAAAAAAUAAGCAAGUUUUUUAUUCCAUCAUCCUAUGAAAUCUUUAUGAAGGUUAAGUUUGAAUCAUGGGAAAAAAAAAGAAUUGACCUAUUGACUGACUCCAAGGACAAACUGGAAGAAAUGAAAAGAAUGCAGGACAGACAGCGAGAGGCUGAGCAAGCCACUGAAUCCGAUCUGAUACAGUGGUCAAGCAAUGACCGGCUACAUCCAGACUGUAAGUAUUCUGUCCAUUCUGUGUUUUCCAGUACAUGUAUAUGUAUAUAUAUACAUGAGAUCUAUAUAUGAGAUGAUAGAUCAGAAUUUCAGUUUUCAUUUCCUGAUAUUUACAUCUAGAUCUGUUAAACAACUUAGAACAUGGCACCUUUAGUUGCAGAGGUUAGCAAAAGUAUGGUGACAGAUAGUCUUAAAGUUAAUAAAAUUAAAUAACACUUAAUAUUUGCUUGCAUAGUCCUUGCUUGCAAUAACUGCAUCAAGCCCGCACUCAAUGACUUCACCAAACUGAUGCAUUCUUCUUAUAUGAUGUUUUUCCAAUCGUGUACAACAGCUACUUUCAGUUGUUGUUUGUUUGGGGGGGUUCCCCCCUUCAGUCUCCUCUUCAGGAGGUGAAAUGUUGCUCAAUUGUCGUUCUAGCAAUUUAUUAGCCAUUCGAAUACUGUGAAUGAGCUGGCAUGUAGUGAUGAAGCUCCAAAAUCCCUCAAAAUUAAAAUGAGUUUAGAAAAUAAUAUUAUAUUUAUAUAAUAUAGAUUGUUUCUAUUUUAAUUAGCAAAAAAAAACCCCAAAAAACAGUGCAAUCAUUUUUACCCAGUGGUAUCAGAGUGUCAUAUUCUUUAAUUUGAAUUUAGUUAAGUAGUAAAUUAUUUUAUUAAAUUUUGUCAGUCACAAAUUUGGCUGCAUUGCCAUUUUAUAUAAGUAGAUAGGUGAUAGCAUGCAUGUGUUAUCCAUGAUACAAGAGUUUUCCCCAGACGUCCUGUGAGCAGACAUGCUUACUUUUCCUGUAUGAGAAACCCAUCCUGUGAUCUGUGGGAGGUGUGGACGUGUUUGAAUGCUUGACUGAAUGUGUUAAAUGCAUAACUUUACAGUAAAUUAAACUGAAAUACAUGAAUUAACAAAGGAUGUUGACUAAAAGUUUACCUUUUUUGGAUGAAGAUUAGCUUGAAUUGCAUUCAUAUGAAUAUUGGAAAACAUUAUAGUACUAACGUUGUAAUAAUCUCUUUUUUUUCAAUCAGUAUAAAUGGAUACAAACAGUUGAAAGAGGUGAGUAUGAGAACAUUCAAUAGCAUAACAGAAAUAGUGAACUCACAAAACUUAAUUAUUACCCAAACAGAAAGUAAACAGGAUUUAACUGUAUUAAUUUACAUUUAGUGAUUAUGAUCAGCAAGUUUAGUUGGUUGGUUUUUUGUAAGGCCAAGUAUAGCCCUAUAAAUAUAUGUAUAUAGGCACCCUUGGUAAAUAUGAGCAAAGAAGGUUGUGAAAAAUUGUUGUUUAACAUUUUGAUCUUGUUUUCAAAAAAAAUUCACAAAAAUACUCUGCUGUCAUGGAUAUCAAACAAUUGCAAACAAAACACAGGUUCAUCCAAAAAAAUCUUUGUUGAUUUUUUAAAAAUUAAAUGUUUAAUUUUUAAAAGUUUUAAGAGCUAAUUGGCACCACAUUCAUGCUGGAAUCAUCCUAACAGAGGGGGCUGGACAGCAAAAUUUUACAUGAAGCAUGAACACAGCAGAGGUCAGCAAAACCAUAAGCACUAAUAUAGACAAAGUACCUUAGUUAACACAUUUAAGUGAAAACCUCCCAUUUUUAUUGUAAUUGUAAGCAGCAAAAUUGUGAACUAUAAGGAGCUUUUACUUUCAUUAGGAAAGCCAUUUUUUUUUCCUUUUUUUGAGAUGUUUUUAAAUGAAAAUGUCAAUGAUUGUAUAAAGGCUAAUCGAACAUUAUUGAACAUAUAUCGUGAAUUCUCAAAAACAGGAUAAUUGAAUGAAAAGUAUAGCUUUUUAUUAUUUUUUUUCGUUUGUAUAGAACUUUGUAUAGAUGAUCUCAUGAGAAACUACAGACUAGAACACAUAAGAAGACCACAGAUACAUGCUCAAUACAGCACAUACUGUAUUGACAGAAGAAAUGCUUUCUAAAAUGUGCA